AUGAUGUCAUUCGACGGACUGUGGAACCGAUGCAUGAAGCCAAAUCCAAUGCGUUUUCAAUGCGAUUUCUAUCAAAAAUCCAUUCUUGGAAUUCCAACAAAUCUUGCCGUCAUGAGAAGUCUCAUGUGCCUCGCCCUCGCAUUCAGUCUCCUCUCAAUUUAUCCCGCGCUCCUCUCCCUCGAUUGUAUCAAUAUGCCGGGAAUCAGCCGCUACGGGAAGUCAAUCCUUGGCCUUCUCACUGCAGCACUUCAAUUUCUCGCCGGAGUUUUGACCACAAUAGUGACCUGCAUUUUCACAUCAGAAAUCGCCUUCGACUACAAGUACAACAAGUAUCCUAAUCAGCGAUUUGUCUACACGCUUGGGCCGAAUGUCUUUGCUGGUUUCUUUACCGUCAUCUUUCUUUGGCUGAAUACAAUCAUCUUCAUAAUUUCCGACUGGCGACGAUGCUGUGCCCACUGCGCAAACAAAGACGAAGAGGACGAGCAUUACGAAGCUCUAGAAGAUGAUCAAUUCGAAGUCCUAAGAGACGAAGCGAUCAGGAAUCGAACAAUCCCGAAGAAUUCUGAAGUCAAUAAUUAUAUAUAA